CUCGAUACCUUGAUAGUACCAUCAGUUUCCCAGAUCGGAAUAACUUUUGUGUAAAUUAAAAAUAAAUUUGUAUUUUUUUCAAUACGUAUUAGGGUUUCACUUAAAUUUGAAUAUUUUUACGCUGUUCACUCAGAGAUAGAUGUAGAUACGUAGGUGUGGCAAAUUAACUGAAUAAUACUUAAUUAAUAAAAAUGCAUUACUUAUGCAAAGCAAUGAAUCCAGAGAUUUAAACGCAUGCGCUAUCGCGCUCAAUAAUAUAAAACUUUGUAUGCAAUUUUGUAAACACAUAAGUAUAAACGUAUAUAAUCGAAAUAUUCAAAUCAAUUGUAGAUGUAAUGAAAUCAGUGCGAAUGAAUAAAAACAAGGCAGCUCGAAUCUUCGCGUAUUUCUGAACCUUUGCAGUACACUACAAAACUUGAAGCAUAAUUACUCAUUGGGUCCCCCUAUAAGGAUUCUGCUUUGGAAAUUGAUUAAACUAAACAAUUAAGAAACACAUAAUAUGCUAACAAGGACUGCUAUUGCUACCAGUACUAGCAAAAGCCACCGCCUGCAACAAAUCCCAUACCUACCGCCUAUACAAACACGUAGUAAGAUUACUGCAACAAAGAUGUCAUCCCACCAUCAACGUCAUUUUAUUCUGCAAACACAAGGAUCUAAUUCCGGUGGUAAUAUUGACAUUGAUAUGGCAGAACGAGAACAUAGUACGAGCUCGUCUACGCAAACAGUUCCGCUGGAACAACCACUUUCGUCCUUGCAUAUUCAAAAAAACGAAAAUUUUACGCCAUUAUUUACACAUAAGAUGCCGCAAACAGUACCAUCAGAUAAAAUCAACUUACGUUUAAUUUUGGUAAGCGGUAAAACAAAAGAAUUUGUUUUUAAUACAACAGAUUCUGCUGGUGACAUUGCUCAAACUGUUUUUGAUAAUUGGCCUGUUGAUUGGGCACAAGAAGCUGUUUCGAAAUCAGAAAUAUUACGUCUCAUAUAUCAAGGCCGCUUUUUACAUUGCAGCGUAACAUUGGGUGCAUUAGGGCUUCCAUUGGGGAAAACGACUGUCACGCACUUAGUAUCUCGUGAUAAUUUGCCAGAACCUAAUUCGCAAGAUUGGGCACAAGAAGCUGUUUCGAAAUCAGAAAUAUUACGUCUCAUAUAUCAAGGCCGCUUUUUACAUUGCAACGUAACAUUGGGUGCAUUGGGGCUUCCAUUGGGGAAAACGACUGUCAUGCACCUAGUACCUCGUGAUAAUUUGCCAGAACCUAAUUCGCAAGAAUUUCUCCUAAUGUCUAUAAUUACAAAUAAAACUAUUGGAAUGAUUCCUGAAUUGAAAACUGAGUUGAAUACACUUGCAAAUCUGGAACACGUGACAGCCAAUCUAAAUGCGAAAAUAAAGCAGUCUGCAGUCAAACAGAACACGUGUUUUCAAGAUUAUGAUGAUCUCAUCAAGCUGCAAAUUGAAAACACUAAACUUAAACAUCGGUUCGCCAUUAUUAUAAAAUCAAUAACUGAAGAGAAAGAUACAAAUUUUAGAAUGCAUGAAGAUAAUACUCUUUCUAUUAUGGGAUAUUUGGAAAAAGUUUUUACAAAAGCAAUUUCCAAUGCAUAUCCCAGGUUUUCUAACGUUCCAACUAUUAUUGCGGCUGUGAAUGUGUCGUCAAAAUUCGGAGACUACCAGUGUAAUAAUGCUAUGGGACUAGCCAAGAAAAUGAAGGAACAAGGAAUUAUAAAAACCCCACGAGAUAUUGCUCAAGAUAUUCAAAAAUGUGUUCCAGAGUCUCCAAUAAUAGAGAAAGUAGAAGUUUCAAGUGCUGGCUUCAUCAACAUUUUUAUCAGCAAGAAGCUUGCUGUGCUCUCGUUAACAAAUAUGUUGCGGUAUGGCAUUCAGCCACCAAAGGUUUCAAAAAAACGCGUAUUAGUUGACUUUUCUUCUCCAAACAUCGCAAAACAAAUGCAUGUUGGUCAUUUACGUUCCACCAUAAUUGGCGAGUCAAUCUGUAGGCUUCUUGAAUUUCUGCAACAUGACGUUAUUCGCAUCAAUCAUCUUGGGGAUUGGGGAACGCAGUUUGGCAUGCUCAUAGCACAUCUAGAAGAUCGUUUUCCAAAUUUUCAAAACGAGAGCCCACCAAUAGGAGAUCUUCAAGAAUUUUACAAAGAAUCAAAAAAACGUUUUGAUACUGAUGACAAUUUUAAAAGGCGGGCUUACAAUCGAGUUGUUACACUCCAAAAUGGAACAACAGAAUCAAUUAAAGCUUGGAAACUCAUAUGUGAUGUUUCGCGUAAAGAAUUUCAGAAAAUUUAUGAUCGCUUAGACGUAACAAUUAAUGAACGUGGCGAAUCAUUUUAUCAGUCACGUAUGGUGUCAGUAGUUGAAUUUCUGCGAAACAAGGGUUUUCUGGAAUUGGACGAGGGGCGGGAAAUCAUGUGGCCUGAUGACAGUAAGAGUGGCAUUCCGUUGACCAUUGUGAAAUCAGAUGGUGGAUAUACAUACGAUACCUCUGAUAUGGCGGCCAUUAGACAUCGAAUUGAAGAAGACCAUGCCACUUGGAUAAUUUACGUUGUGGAUUCUGGACAAAGCACCCACUUUAACGCAAUUUUCAAGGCUGCGGAGCGUUGUGGUAUUUUAAAUCCAAAUGUUCAUCGUGUUGAUCAUGUACAAUUUGGAGUGGUGCUAGGAGAUGAUGGCAAAAAAUUUAAGACACGAUCUGGUGAUACUGUUAAACUAUCAGACCUGCUGGACGAGGGGAUGAAGUAUUCUUUAAAGCAGUUGCAGCAGCGCGGUCGUGAUAAGAUAUUGACACCUAAAGAACUGCUCGAAGCUCAAGAAGCGGUGGCAUAUGGCUGCAUAAAGUAUACAGAUUUGUGUCAUAACCGUAUAAGCGAUUAUAUAUUUUCAUUUGAUAAAAUGCUCGAUGAUCGUGGAAAUACGGCGGUAUACUUGUUAUACACGUAUAGUCGUAUUUGUUCUAUUGCCCGUAGCUCCGGAAAAGAUUUUAGCAAUGUGGAAGAUAUUUUGGACAAAUUUAACAUAGAACUGAUUCACGAAAAAGAAUGGAAACUUGCAAAAACACUCCUAAAAUUGCAUGAUGUAUUAAUUAAAUGUGCCAAUAGUUUAUUUCUACACUUUCUUUGUGAGUUUUGUUAUGAAGUUUCCGUUGUAUUUACUGAAUUCUAUGAUAGCUGUUAUUGCAUUGAAAAAAACGAAGCUGGUCAAAUUAUUAAUGUUAACCACAGUAGAAUUUUAAUAUGUGAAGCAACUGCGGCCGUGUUACGGAAAUGUUUCCAUAUAUUGGGCUUAAAACCUGUAACAAAAAUGUAGUACUGACUAACAAAUGUAUGGAAAGUGAUUUAUUCAAUAAAAACAAGGGUGCUCUAAUCGAGACUGCUCGCUAGGAGAUACCCUGAGCCCUGCAAAGAAA